CAGUGUAUGACGAUGAGUUCCCCAGGGCACAUGACGGAGGCGGCGGUGGCGCUCACAACCUUGCCGUAGCUCAAAAACGUUCGUGCACGUGUGCACCUGUAACUCCGCCCCUUUUUUAGCUCACACCCGGGCAGGGGGUGCAUGUGCACCCGAAAGUGCGCCGCGCGCCCGACAGGAACGGGACACGAACCUUCGCGGUGCACCGACUUCGGUCGCCUAUAAAUAAGGGCGCUCGGGCGUUCAGGGGUAACACUUCGGUUUUUACUCUCAAGCCUGCCGCAUCCGUAGCAAGUUUCGUAGCUAUUUCUAUUUAGCCAGCUCCGUUUCAUGUUUAUCACACACAGAGACACCCGGUCCAGAGCAGUCGAAAAGGUGGUACCGCAACGCCGGAACAGUGAACAGAUGUAGCGAAAGGAUAGCAGAUCUGUUUUUAUUUCUUCGGUUUUUGUGUUUUGUUUGUGUCAAACUGAUUUUAUCAGUUCUCAGUGUAUGUGUGCAUGUGUCGAAGCUUAUGAACCCCGAGCGAACAACAAAAAGGAUUACUGUGCAUUGUUUGUGCUGUCUGUGAAUUUCCAAUUGAAGAUAAAAAAAAGGAAGAUCAAUGAUCAAUCCUGGUGAUGCAAAAGUGAACUCGUUUUGAGCCGUCAAACGUCGAUCGUGAAUUAUUCGAUCGUUACAAGAAAAAAAGUGAAGUGAGUGAUUGGAGCAAGCAAAUUCUUUGCUAGAAAAGAAACAAAUAAAAAGUGAACUCGUCCAACUGUUUGGAAAACGCACGUUGCGUUGGUGUAAAGUUUUAAGUUUCAUCAAACACUAGUGUGUGCGUGUUCGAGUGCCGAACACCAUGCCAACAUCGAUCAUGCAGAAAAACUACAGCCACUGCCCGCUCAAGAAGCGCCCCGUCUUCAUGUCGAAGGACGACCCAAUGAAAAAUGAUUCCGAUGGUGAGAUGGAGCCGGAAAACCUCAGCACCAAACCGCAGGACCUCUCGAUGAAGUCCAUGAAGAAGAAGGCCCGCUCCGAGUCGCCCGAGGAGCUGGUCGUGAUCAAGGCGGAGGACACUCUGCCCACCCCGCCGCCCUCCUCCUCGCCGAGCCCGAGCGACACCAAGUCGCCGCUGUCCAUCCCCACCCCCACCUACGGUUCGCUGUCCUCGAUCUACUUCCCCGGAUCGCGAUCGCCCGCCGCCUCCUUCCCCGCCGUCUACCCUGGCUUCCCGUACGCGAUGCCCUACAGCUCCGAGUUCUACAGCGCCUACCAGACCCAAAGCCCUCACCAUCCGGCUGCCCCGCUGCCCCUCCACCCGCACCAUCCGCAUCAUCUGCAUCCGCACCACAGCCAGAUCUCGCCGCCGCGCUCCGAGCCGCUGUCCCCGUACAGUGCCGGCCAGCACGACACGUCCGGCAGCCCAUCGGCCUCCCCGACGCAUCUCUUCCGCCCGGACCGCCACUCGCUCUCGCCGCCGCCCUCGAUGGUCGUCCCGGCCUACCCGACCGAGCUGCGCCUCAACCAGAACAACAACAUCAUCAAGUCGGAGUCGGCCUUUGCCCGGGCGCAGCACCGCUUCAUGCCGUACCCACCGCUGCACCACCCGCACCACCCACACCACCCGCACCACCACCAGCAUCACCCGCACCAUCCGGCCCACCAUCAUCCGCUGAUGGCGAUGUCGUCCGUUGCCGAGCAUCCGUCCCUGUCGCCCGCCUCCAGCCACACCUCGUUCAACUCGUACCUUUCGUCGCGCGGCCGCUCGCUGUCACCGAUCUCCUCGUCGGCACCCGCCAGUCCGGGCGCCGAUUCCGAGGAGAACAACAACAGCCUCAGCGCCGCCAACGGCAACAGCACCUCCCUCUCGUCCUCGUCCGGCUGCUCCUCCAUCCUGACGGAGAAAUCGACCUCGAGCGCGAACAUCCUGCAGAAGAAGGACGGUGGCGGCGAGAAGGGAGCGUCGCCGGCGGGUGGCAACGGUGCCCCGCGCUACCAGUGCCCGGACUGCGGUAAGUCGUACUCGACCUACUCGGGCCUGUCGAAGCACCAGCAGUUCCACUGCCCGGCGGCCGAGGGCAACCAGGCGCAGAAGACGUUCGUGUGCAAGGAGUGCGACAAGCCGUACAAGACGCUCGGUGCGCUCAAGAUGCACAUCCGCACGCACACGCUACCGUGCAAGUGUACGCACUGUGACAAGGCGUUCUCGCGCCCGUGGCUGCUGCAGGGCCACAUCCGCACGCACACCGGCGAGAAGCCGUUCGUGUGCAAGCUGUGCUCGCGCGCGUUCGCCGACCGGUCGAAUCUGCGCGCGCACCAGCAGACGCACGAGGACGUGAAGCGCUUCAAGUGUCCGACGUGCACGAAGUCGUUCUCGCGGCUGCCGCUGCUGACGAAGCAUGCCGAGUCCGGGUGUCCCGGUGGUUCCGGAUCGGGCGAUAGCAGUACGGCCGGUUCGCCAGUGCCAUCGCUGGCCCGUUCGGACAGUCCGCAUUCGCAGAGCGGAGGUUCGUCCGCUGCCUGCAACAUCUCGGAGGACAGCUUCAUGCCAACGGUGCUCCCGCACGGUGGUAACAUUGCCGUGUACUAGAGAACGGGAUAGAGAGAGAGUUGGUGAACAGCGAGUAGUGUCGGAGUGUGCGAAACCAUUGUUGUGUGCCUUCACCGUGUGCCCUUCGUCGCAGAUUGUUAAGGCGCGACCAAAGACUGAUGAGGAGAAAGAGAGCGUUAUUAGUGUGAAUGUGUGUGAGUGUGUGUGUGAACGAGCUUGUUAGUGGUAGGAGGAUGCGCAAGGAGGAUACACGGAAGGAAAGCAGGACGCCGUUUGUUCGGUUCUAGUGCAGGGGAAAGCCUCCCAAAAAUCGAUGUCCCCCUUCUGGGAAGGGACCAAGAAAGCAGACCCUUUUGUUUUUUACGUUUAGUAAGUUUAUUUAUUUUCCAACGAGCAAAAGCAAAACACAAAAACGGAAAGUUUUCUUUUUAGUUUUUUU